AUGGGUAAGAAAAAUAUAGAAGGAAAGAGGGCGGGCGAGUCUUGGAGAGCUGAGUCAUGGGACACAUCCACAAAAGUCGAAGCCCUCGAGGGCAAGGAAUGGAAGAGGGCAGGCGAGUCUUGGAGAUCUGAAAAUUGGGGUGCAUCCACAAAAACAAAACCCGAGGGCAAGGAACGGAAGCUCAAGAUGUGUGUUAAAGGCGAUAAACGCGAUAUCAUACUCCUCGUUCUCAUCUUGCGUCAUCGUAUCACACCUCCUGUACCAUAUAUAAUCAUUACCGAGAUUAUCCUUAGCAUGUCACCGGAUACUUACCAGGAGCUGUGCCGUAGGAACUGCAACUUGAGGGGUCUGACGGAGGAACAACAAUAUCAUUGGUUCGCUUGGUGGUGUAAGGAAAUAGAGAAGAGAGAGAUAAAGAAGGGAGGUGGCAGAUGGGUGGCAGCUGUUAAUUGGGAGCAUGAAAGAAUCGAAGAAAUUCGUGCUUGUCUUCGAGACGGACUGCAAGGCCGGGGUCCAGUAUUCGAACUUGUAGACGAGGAAAGUGUCAAUAGAUUGAAAUUGGGAAUUGGACAGAAAAAGGAGCUCGUCAAAAAGAAUCGAGAUUUGAAAGAGAAAGAAGAGCGUAAACGAGCAGAGGAGGAUCAGACCACGUUGCAAGCGGACUGGUGUCUUAAAAACGAUUGGAGGCACGGUAGCGUCCCCGACCUUACCAUCCUCAAACCUAAGUCUGUGAUCGGGCAACGAUGUUAUCCAUUUGGUGACUUUCUCAGGCCGCUCGAUGACGACUCAUGGAGCUGGAACUCUGACUUCGACAUGGCUAGCACAACUUCAGCUAGCUAUAUGCACUCUUCUUCCUCUAGUCUGACCACUUGGUCCAACUCUUCUACGGCGACUUCUUCUACUACGCCACCCUGGUACUUUUGGUAUCCAUAUGAAUGUAGUAGAGCUUUCAAGGAAAUCAACAGAUUUUUCAUGCGAAAGAAGCUCGAAAAAAUGAAUGCGGCAGAGAGAGAUGGUAGGUUAGUCAUACCAUGGAUGAUGACUGACUGA